CUUCAUAAUCCACUCUUUUUUUUCCCCCCUCUCUAUAAAUAGUUCGUUACUUGAUGCAAUGCUGAACCACCACCUCCAACAACAAAAAUAUCUAAGCAAAAUAAAGCAUCAAAAUCAUAACAUUUUGUUCUUUGCCAUUAUGGCUAACCUUAGAGUUUAUGUUGCCUCAUUUUUGGUAGCUUCACUACUUGUUUGUUGUGCAAAUGCACAACUCUCGAACAACUUUUAUAGUUCGACCUGCCCUAAACUUGAAUCCAUUGUCCGCAGUUCAAUGACCACGGCUGUUAACAACGAGAAAAGGAUUGCGGCCUCGAUCCUGCGUUUGUUCUUUCACGAUUGUUUCGUUAAUGGAUGUGAUGGAAGCCUGUUGCUGGACGAUUCAUCAAGUAUUCAAAGCGAAAAGAAUGCAGCUCCGAAUAAGAAUUCCGCAAGAGGGUUCGAUGUGAUUGACACCAUCAAAUCUAAUGUUGAAGCCUCUUGCAAUGCCACUGUUUCUUGUGCUGAUAUCCUAGCUCUAGCAGCCAGAGAUGGCGUCGUCUUGCUUGGAGGACCAACAUGGCAGGUGCCCUUAGGAAGGAGGGAUGCAAGAACAGCAAGCCUAAGCGCAGCAAACAGUCAAAUCCCGAGCCCGGCUUCUUCACUAUCAACCCUAAUCUCCAUGUUUUCGGCGAAAGGACUGAGUGCAAAGGACAUGACUGCCCUUUCCGGCGGACACACAAUUGGACAGGCAAGAUGCACCACGUUCAGAUCACACAUCUACAAUGACACCGACAUCGACCCGGGUUUCGCAACCACCAGGCAGGCCAACUGCCCCUUAUCAGGCGGUGACAACAAUUUGGCGCCUUUGGAUUUGGUAACACCAACUGGAUUUGACAACAACUACUUCAAGAACCUUUUGGCUAAGAAGGGUCUUCUUCAUUCUGAUCAAGAGCUCUUCAAUGGUGGUUCCCAAGAUGCUUUGGUGAGGAGUUACAGUAACAAUGAAGCUACUUUCAGGAGUGACUUUGUUGCUGCCAUGAUCAAGAUGGGUAACAUUAGCCCUCUUACUGGUACUGCUGGAGAGAUUAGAAAGAAUUGCAGGGUCAUUAACUAAAUAAUUUUUAUCCAUCCAUGGAUUAGUACUUGGAUUGUGAUUUUGUGUUCUUCCUUCAAGAAUUUCCUUCUGAUUAUGAUUGUACCGGGGUGCAAAACUGCCCUUUGAAUUUUACUUUCUGUUAUACUUUUAGCGGUAAUGAAUUGAUGAUGAUGUUUUGAGUUUGAAGAAAGGUUUCAAAAUGACAUAAUAUUGUAAGGUUGUGUUUCUCAAUCUGAUUCCAAGUAGUUUUGGAGUUUUAUUUUUUUUUUUGUUACAAUAGAAGAGGUGACAACACUUAAUAUCAAACUAAGUUCUGG